AUGAAGUUCAGCCCGUUCCUUGCCCUCUGCUUCCUCCUCUGCCUGGUGGGCAUCAGCAGCUCAGAAAAGGCCUCAGCCCAUCUCAAGCACGAAGCUCCCCGGGAGCUGUCCCAAGCUCUGCCUGCCAUGUGCCAGCUCCGCCCAGCGAAGGGCCCCUGCAGAGGCCUCUUCUACCGGUACUUCUCCAACUCUACGUCCAGUGAGUGUGAGCACUUUACCUACGGUGGCUGUCAGGGCAAUGCCAACGACUUUGAGACCACAGAGAUCUGUUCGAGGAUCUGCAAGCCCCCUGGUAGCAGUGUAAACUUCACAGGGGACGAUGGUGUUGAGAUGAUGAAGGUGUUGGUGGCAGUGAUCGAGGUGGGAGAGGAAGGAUGA